GGUUCGCGAGCUUGCCGACUGCGUACAAUCCAAAAUGGACGACCAGCGCGACCUCUUUCUCGACGUGGCGCUCGAGCCUGCCGCGCCGCUGCACGUGGCCGUCUCGCGGGCGUACGCAGAGAAGUACAAUAACAUCGUAAGCAGCCCGACCUCGGUCGCCGACGACAUACCGAGCAUCGUCUGUCUCGGCUGCUACACGCAUGGCACCAAGGCCAUGCGCGACCUCUGUGUGCGCCAAGCGUUCUUGACGCAAGACUUACUAGCGUACCACCACUUGCAUGCGGGUAGCGACGGCAACGGCUUUGCAGUGCAGCUCGUCAUGACCAACGUCGUGCCCUGGGCGCACGUGGACGCCUACAAAAUGCUCGUCGAGCAGAGCGUGGCUGAAGUUGAAGGUGUCUUUGGCGGCCAAGCGCGCACGUACGCUGACGCAGGCGUCGCCGCGUGCAAGGCUGACUUUUUCUGCGGCAUUGUCUGCCACUUUCCAUCCCUCCAAGCGUGCAUCUCGUGGAUGUGCUGCGCCAACAACGCCGAGCUCAAGCUCGGUUGUCCGACGUUGACGCUGCAAAAGGCAACGUUCACGCUCAUUCCGGUCCCGAACGACGUGCCGCACCUCGACUCGUCCGCGUUCGACCCGAUCCUCGGCAGCGCGAGCCCUACGUCCAGCGACGAAGUGUGUUCGAUCUCGUACGAAGAGUGCCUCGAGUUUGCACUGCUCGAUAUGGAAGACUGCGAGACCGAGCCCGAGUCGCACUGCAGUCUCUACAGCUACGUUGGCAUGAUCGAGUACCACGACAGCGGCGUGCCCGAGAACGCGGCGAUUGUGCCAUCGAUCACGAUGGCGACGUUCAUUGACGGCCAUGGCAUCCCGCUCGCCUUCAAGUCGCUCUACUACCGCAACAACAAGAAGGGCGGGAUUCGCAACAUGCGGUGUUUUCCGCAGUGCAAGCGCGGGGCGCACACAACGACGAGCUUUUGUGGCGACCUCCUUCGGCUUCAAGUCCACUUCAACACCGAGACGCGGCCCCGCAUUCUGGGCUUUGCCCGUUUUCGGAGCGCAAUGGAUACCGCGCCACCGCUCCGGGCCGGCAUGGAAAUCGACGCGCGCAUGAUCACGGACCACCUCCGAUCCAAAGAGUCGCCCAAGGAGAUGUGGAUGCAAACAAAGCCGGUUGAGUUCGUAUCGCCGACGCACGUCGUGUACGAGAUCCGCCCGUCCGAGCGCACGCUGUCGUGGCACUACGGCUUCCACGGCGGCAACGCGCAGAUGCAGAAGAACCAUACGCACUUCCUCGAAAUCGGCUUUUUCAUCGAGGCAGGCGACGGCCGCCUGCGCUGCAUUGGCGCCGCGCAGACGCCGCAGUUUCGCGUCGCGUCUAGCCGCACAUGGGUCAAGGAAUAGGGUUUUGGUUGUUUGUAAUUGUGUGCGUUGAAAAAUGAGCUACGUGUGUGUUAAGGUGAGCCUGUUAUU